UCCGAGACGAGUUGAGGUAAAAUUCGCACAACUCCUUCAACCGUCCAGAUGUUGCGUUUGUGGCACCAACCAAAGUCGGAAGUUGAAUGGUUUCCACUCAGAAGCUCGCUUUUCUUCCAGCGGCGCGGUGGGAGCUGCCACGCACCACUGAGAGAACACUCGAUCACUUUUUACACCACUGCGGCAGCAAGAGGAUACACUUCGACGAGAGCGAUGCGCAAGUAAAGUGAGCGGCUUUGAAAGUUUAAAAGCCGCUCGAAAUGCUUCCGUGUGGACUGGAGUAAGUCUAUACCGGAUCGUUCAGCAACACAGUGAGUUGAUCGUGUGCAAGUGACUUUAUUUAUGAACAUCAGAAUGGAUUUUACGCACUUGCUUCUAUGUGCGGGAAUGUUGACGCUGCGUCUGUGUGGAGCCUACUACAGCGGACCUCUCCAGCCAGAGAUGUCGAACGGCACUUUUCACCACUACUUCGUGCCGGACGGCGACUACGAGGAGAACGACGACCCGGAGAAAUGCCAACUGCUCUUCCGAAUGACCGAUGAACGAAAGUGCGGUCCCGACGAGGACCAGGACUCGGUUAUCCGGGACGAUUUCACCAUCAUCAAGCGGCACAUCGAGGACUCUGCCCGGCUGCUGGAGGGGCUAGGGAGGAGCAUCUCGUACGACCUGGACGGGGAGGACAGCUACGGGAAGUAUCUGCGGAGAGAGACCACGCAAAUAAGUGACGCGUUCACGAACUCCGAGAAGUCCCUGCUGGAGCUCGAGGUGAAGUUCAAGCAGAGCAAGGAGAGCGAGUUGAAGGAAGAGCACCGGCUCAGCGACGACUUCCUCAACAUGAUCGUGAGCACCCGGGACACCCUGAAGGAGACAUUGGACAUUUCUCUGGGCCUGAGGGACAAACAUGAGCUGCUCUCGCUUAUCGUCCGCAGCCAUGGCACACGGCUCAGUAGACUGAAGAAUGAAUACAUGAAGUACUAAGAGAAUAGUUCCUACCAUACAUUCCCCGCUCUACUGUACUUUAAUUAUGCGUGUGACUUUGAUGGAUCGCAAUCACAUUCAAGCACAAUCAAUUAGAUGCAUAAAUCUAUACCUUAAUAAAAAAGAUAGUAUUGUUCAGUUUUUACUGAUUUAACUAUGUGGUUUAUUAUUGUGGUCUCUUUUUGCAGUGGCUUGACCUGAAUUGCAUCAUAUUCGGAAUUGUGGCUAAUAUUUUGCCCUUCUCAUGUAGUUAUAUGUAGUCUUAGCUUUGCAGUGUGCGGUGCAGUUGUAGACUAUGCCAAACCACAGUCAUAAAACAUUGUAUACAGUAUUUGCUCUCUGACCAUGUCAAUCAAAAAUGAGCAUUAUCGUCUUUGUACAUACCAGUCAGUGUGUGCUGGCUGCCCUGAAUUUAAAACAUCUGUAAUCUUGGGAACAGACAGUGGUGGAAAGUAUGUUACUAAGUAUUGUCCUGUUUUCUCCCAUUCUAUUCCUUAUCUAAAUAGCAGUUUUAUACCGUGAAUUUGUCAUCUGUUAUUUGUCAGGUUUAACCUAAAAAAAAUCUCCAUAGCAUGGUGUACUUAUCUAAAAAUAAUAUAUUCAGUGGGACACAGAUAGUUUACAUUACAAUACAUACUGUCUUCACAGUAUUGUGACUGUAAUGAUAAUAAUAUCAAAAAUUUCCAAGGAUGUAAAGCAGCUCAUAAUUUAACAGUUUAUCUUUGUUCAAUACAUAAAUAGUCUGUAUUAGGUUGAACCAAUAAAAAAAUGAAUUUUAUUUGGGUUGAUGACGGAUAAACAGUUACCAAAAUUGUGAGUAAGUCCAAGCUUCUCAUCUUGUCAUGGAAGGUGUGGUCCAUUGGACCACAACUGUUUACUGUACUGUACCCACUAGCGACAUGAGAGGUGGGGGGUUGGAUUUGGGGAAAGUGAUGACGAUUCUAUGGGCCCAUGACUGACAAGGGCCCAGGAAAAUUUAAUUUUGAAAGCAGUUUUUUUUUCCCCCAAGGGUCCCAAAUUCCUGGCAGCACCCCUGAUUGUACCAAAACUAAGAGCAUGAUCACAGAGUAUGCCAAGAACCCCUUUUGCAAAACAUGUGCUCAGUUCUGACAGACUGACUGAAUUACUGCUUUUCAGGAAGAUGAGGUAAACAAAUGGAAAGAAAAAACCAAACCACAAGUUAUUUACUGACAUUCCAAAUUUAUUUUAGUUUCCAAUGCACGAAGGGUUGUUAAUAGUCUACCUAUGAAUUUUGUAACAGGCCAGCAGAUGUUGCACAGUCCCUGAUUGACAUGGUGCUAAAUAUUUAGCUCAAAAUGCAAGGCCUACAGGAGGCAAUAUAUAAUGUUUGAUGUAUGUUUUGAAGCUGUGUCCUAAAUGCGUCCAGUGUCAGUAUCUAUCUUAUUUUUUUGAAUGUUUAUUCUUUAUUCUUGCUAAGUUUAAAAUUUGAGCUGAAUAUAUGUAUUGUAAUAUACUGUCCGCAUAAGAUGUAUACUAAAUAUAUAAUAUAGAUAAGGA